AAACAUUUCCCCACACUUGUCAGCGAGAUGCCAAACUCCGGGUGAGUGGGACGAGCGGAGCAGAUGCUGGGAUGCGAUGCCAAGGCUGCUCCCCUUUUCCCCCUGCGCUUUUUGGGUGCCUAUAAAGGAGCCCGGCAGCGCCUUGGCCAGCCUCUCCUCGCCGUGGCAAGUGGUUGUGUGUUUGCCAGAUUGACAGAGAGAGACAGAGAGAUAGAAAAGCUCCAGGCUGGGCGGUAAUCGCGGUUUAAGCGAGGCAGGCAGCUCCGGUUGAAGAGGACUUCUUCCUCCCUUCGUUCCUUCUCGUUCCACCUGUGAGGCGAGCAGGACUUUCUUUCCCCCUCUGGCGGAGUUGGUGAAGAACGAAUGAGUGAGUGAGUGAGUGAGGGGUGGGGGAAGAAAGAAAGAGAAAAAAAAGAAAAGGAAGAAGAAGAAGAAGAAGAGAGGAGUCGAGGAAGGAGGGGGGAAAGCGACGUCCAGAAGGAAAGGCAGGAAGAAGAGGAAGGAGGGGGGAAACUGCGGGAAAGCAGCGUCCAGAAGAAGAAGAAGCCGGGAAGUUGAUUCGAGCUGGCACGGGCGGGAGGGAAAAGUCGAUCGCCAGCAGCAGCAUAAAAGUGCGAGCGGUCCCUCUCCGGGCGAGCAGCUCCAGCCACCGAGGGAGCCACAGGUGGCCCGCUAGACGGACGACGGAGGAGGAGAGGCGGCCGAGGAUCUGGCGAAGCCGGGGGGCGUCGUCCGCCUGCGAGGGCGAGCAGGAGGAGAAGGAGGAGGGCGAGAAGAGGUCGCCCCAAGCCCCAGGGACGCGGGGAGGCUGCUGCCCCGCGGCGAUUUCGGCUCGAGGAGGUCCCCCGCCAGCCAUCAAGAUUUUGUCCAAAAGCAGGCAAGAGGAUCGCCCUGCCCUGAGCCGCUUGGUGGGCAGCAGGCGCCGGCUGAUGGCGGCCGGCGCCCUCGGGGUGGUGAUGGUGCUGCUGCUGGUCAUCCUGAUCCCGGUGCUGGUCAGCUCGGCCGGCACCUCGGCCCACUACGAGAUGCUGGGCACCUGCCGCAUGGUCUGCGACCCCUACGGCGGCACCAAGGCGCCCAGCACCGCCGCCACGCCGGACCGGGGGCUCAUGCAGUCGCUGCCCACCUUCAUCCAGGGCCCCAAAGGCGAGGCCGGGCGGCCGGGCAAGGCCGGGCCCAGGGGCCCCCCGGGGGAGCCCGGCCCUCCUGGUCCCGCGGGCCCGCCGGGUGACAAGGGCGAGCCCGGGCGGCAAGGCUUGCCGGGCCCGCCGGGGGCUCCGGGGCUGAACGCGGCGGGGGCCAUCAGCGCCGCCACCUACAGCACGGUGCCCAAGAUCGCCUUCUACGCGGGGCUCAAGCGGCAGCACGAGGGCUACGAGGUGCUCAAGUUCGACGACGUCGUCACCAACCUGGGCAACCACUACGACCCCACCACGGGCAAGUUCACCUGCUCCAUCCCGGGCAUCUACUUCUUCACCUACCACGUGCUCAUGCGCGGCGGCGACGGGACCAGCAUGUGGGCCGACCUCUGCAAAAACAACCAGGUGCGAGCUAGCGCCAUAGCACAGGAUGCAGAUCAAAAUUAUGAUUAUGCCAGUAACAGCGUCGUUCUACAUUUGGAGCCAGGAGAUGAAGUCUACAUAAAAUUAGAUGGAGGAAAAGCACAUGGUGGAAACAACAACAAAUACAGCACAUUUUCUGGAUUUAUAAUUUAUGCUGACUGAUAAGAGUCAAAAACUAAAUCACGUUCUUCUAAGUGAUGGAUUCACAUGGCAAAAAUCGAUGAAUCAAUCCCAGAGGAUACUGGCUGUGGAUACCUCAGUAAUGGGGCCAAAUGCUAUCUGCCUCACAUCUGUACAACCCAGAGUGUGUUUUAAAAUAUAGAGCAAGUUAAGCAGCUAUGUGAUCCACUAUCACCAAAGCAAAAUACUCCCUGUUAUUAGUGUCCAUGUGAAGUUCUAUUUAAAUUACAACUUUUAUAAAGAGAGAGAAAUCCUUAAAGCACUGAAUAAUUUCUUCAGCAUAUAUGAUAUUUUUGGUGUGCUAUGAUCUUGCUGCUUUUAUCCAUCCAUCAGCUUUGGUACUUGUGACUUACCUGCUAACUAUGAUGCGUGUGGAGCCAACUCAUAGUGUAUGGUGAGGAAUGGUUUUAUAAUAAAAAGAUGAUGUAACUAAAUCCCGAUUAUUCCCUGACAAAGGCUAUUUGACUAGCCCUUACAUUCCUUCACUACCUAGGAACAGAAAGUAACUUGCUUCAAGCCUUAGCUCUAAUUUUUCUGUAUAUGGGUGACAUGCAGAUGUUUAAUAUGUCUGCAGCACAAUUUUGUCUAGUUUUUGGUUUUAUUAAAAUAUCUGUAUCCCACCCUAUAUCUAAAGACCUCAGUUACCUGGUAUUGCUCUAUUCCAAUAAUUCUUUACAAGAUAAGAACUCUAGUGUACACAAUGAUUUCCAAGCCCUAUAAGGGUUGACCCAUUCAUUUUAAACUGGGGAGGGUGGUAGGGUGGUAGAGUUACUUUGUUUACAUGAUUUGUGCAUGCUGAUCUAUUGCCUCCACCAAAGCAAAUGUGCAACAUGAAUUACAAAGGAAGCCACAGGCAUGCUAAAACUACAUAAAACUACAAAGAAAAGCCAAAGAAAGAGAAAAAGCAUGAAACAUUUCAGUUCUGGGAAAACAAUAUUAAUUGAAAAGCUCCGCAACACAACCUGAUAUUUUGAAUGCUAGUGGCAUCUGGCAUUUUCUCUCAAGAGCUCUGAUUAAAUCCACAUAGACACUUCUUGUAGCUCCCCUUUUGAGGUGACCACAUAGUUCUCAAGCAUUAUGUGCAUAUUUUGCAUUCACUAUGUAAAUAUUCCCAGGUUCAGCAAUUCCCACCUCAGUGAGUAAGAACCACUGGCCUAUAUGGAAAGAAAAAUGAGUACUCAGGAACACUAUUUUGGGAGGAAUUAAUCCGUAUUUAUUGGCCAAUUUCUUAAGUGUAGUGUAUGAUGAUGUGAUGUAGGAAUAUUAUUUCAUCAUACCUAAAUGUUACCAAAUGCAAUUUACUUACUAUGUCCCAUAGAAUUCAGACAUUAGUCUAUAUUUGAACCUGAUUGUAUCUAUACAACACCAUUCAUGUUCCAUUAGUUGGGCUACAGAUACAUGGAAGCUUCUCCCUUGAGGUGAUAUGUAAAAUCUCCAUAGAAUGUGCAAUCAAACUGUCUAAGCUUAGUUAGUUUCUAACCCCACAAGAUAAAAAUAUCAGGAAAUCCCCUCAAAGUAUCUGUAUCCAUAUAAACUUGCAGCAUUAAUUCAUGCUGCCUCUUUUGUUUUCAACUUUCAGGAAGUAGCUCCUCUAACAUCUAAAUAGAGGUAUGUACUACUUGAGGUCCCUCCGGAUGCUUGAACCUUGAGGAGCCAAAGGUUGGUCAGCCCCAGUAUGAAUAGACAGACAGACAAAUAGAUAAAUGUGUACAUACAAAUGCAGUUGAUCCACUGCAUGGUUAGAGAAAAUGUCAUUCAAGCAACAUACAAGAUACACAACUACAUGCUUAUGAUUUGUGUUCCAAAAUCUAUUUGUGUAAUAAAGUUUUCCAAAAAAGCACAAAGGCUGGUAUUACACUAACAAGGACUUUAGAAUGGUUCUUGUGGCCAACAAAUCGCCAUUCCUUUUCCAGGACUGAUUUGUUUAUAUGGAGAAUUAUUUUCUGAUUUUUCUAUAAUAAUCAUGUAAAAUGAGCCAGCUAGAUAUUUAAAGGACCCAAUAGUAUAGUGUUUUGAAAGUUGAACUAGGACUUAGCAGGAUUAGAGUUGGAAUCCCUGCUCAGCCAUGGAAUUGGAAUCACACUCUCUCUCAGAUACUCCCCCCCCCCCCACCAAGCAAAUCUUGCCAAGAAAACAAAGUCCAAGUCAACUUGAAGAACUACCACAACAAAGAUAUUAAGAUGUAAGAUAUGUCAAAAGCACAAAAGUUCGAAGUUGUAUAUUGGAAUAUUCAGAUCUGUCUGUUCUUACUCAUUACACCAUUUACUACUGGCAUUAGAUGUUAAAAAUGUCCUUCACAUAAACACAUUUUACUCAAAUGUCAGGCUGCAAAGAAGGAUAUAAAAUAACAGAUCUCAUACCAGUUUAGUUUAUACUUUUAAAAUACAAAUGUUAACAUUUGAUAUAUUAAAAUUUUCAUUAUUUGCAGCCACUGCAUGGAAGAUUAUUAAAAAUAAAAUUAUUAGGCCGCAAUCUUAUACUCACUUCACUGGCCGUAAGUCUCACUGAACUCAGUAAGACCUGCUUCUAGUAUGUGAAUGUAAAAGAUUGCACUGUAAGGGUGCUAAACAUAUGAUUUGUCUCAAAAUUAGAGGCCUUCAAAGACUGCCAGAUUGUGGAAUAACAUUAUGUAAUAUAUGUAUUAUAUUAAAGGUUAAAAUAUGCAAAGGAGACAUUCUCAAAUGUGGAAAACAAAUGUUUAUUUUAUGCCUAUUUUUCUUAUCAAGAGGCUCAGCAAAUAUUUCUGUUAUAUUUCCAUUUAAAAAUCCCUCAAUAAUGCUUUUACAAAUAACAUGUUCUGACAAUUAUUUAAAAAUAUAAUACAAUUUAUUAAAUGGAUUGUAGGUCUUAAAUUGUACCAUAAAAUUCAUCUGUGAAGAAUUUUUUCUGAUUGUAUGCUUCCUAGUUGUAUCCUAAAUACAUUCAAGUCAAAGCAAAAACAAGUUGAAAUUACCUAGAAGUAAAAUAUAAGAUCAAAAGGUAAGGGAUCGACUGUCGUGAAUACAAAGCUCAUACGUAGCACAAUAACAUACCUUUCUACUCUGAAGUAAAUCCUCCAUCAAUGGGAUUUACUUCUAGGCAAAUGUGUACAAGAUUGCAGCCUGAACAUUUAUUUAUAUGGAAAGAAGCUGAAUAAACUGCAUACCUAAUUUCAGCUUAACAGAAUAUCUCAGGAGGAAAAAGUUGAAAAUAAGGUUUAACACAUUUUCAAGCACGCAAAAUAGUAUCCUUCUUUCAUAAUCCAGUCUUUUUCGUUUCAAAAUAUGUGUCAGUCAUGUAUUAAAAGAUAGAAAAUCCUCUCUCUAAACAAAAUAUGUUGAAUCAUCAUUAUUCCAUUAUCUUCUCCAUUUCUUUUGAAGGCAUUCAGGUUCACAAAGGAGGCUCCACCAGUCCAUCCUAUGUAUCAUAAAAUUGUCCCCCAUUGCAAGUCAACAUACCUCAAAAGAUUGCUUUUUAUUAGAAAAUGCAAACUACAUUCUUCUGAGAAUGGCACCAAUGUAUGAGUCUGCUGCAAUGACUUACUUCCAUUCAACAUGAGCAUACAUUAAACUGAUCUUUUUGACAUACA